AGGAGAAAGGGAGGGAGAGUAUAUUAGUAACUGAACUGUAAACGUACGUGUUUUGUUCUUUAAACUCGCGCGAACCUCGGAGCUGGACGGAUGUUUAUACUCGAUAAUAAGUCAUCGGUGCUUACAUUAUUUUACAUUCCUUUAGCGCAAUAAGAAAUUUCUACGGAAACAUCCAUGGACGACGGUAGAAUAUAACUUGAAUAAUCCUGAAUCCUAACCUUUUCGGAACAUACGUAUUGCGUUCAUAAGAAUUGUUAUAUUAUGAGAUAUAAUGAUUUCGUGUCUCAGUGAAUGUAUGACGACAAAAUGAUGAAAGUAUUCUCAGUUACGAGAGAUACAUUCAAAUUACAUUUUUAAACAUCAUAAUCUUGACGAUUGAUUCUUAUUUAUGGUAAUGGAUAUUCAUCAAUUUUACUUCAAGAAAGGAAAUUUUUAUACCGUACAAUUCGAAAAUCAAAAAUGCUUAUCCAUCAAAGAAAUAAAAAAUAUAUUUGAUGAAUUUGGAAAUGUAGUUUAUGUAAGUGCUGCUAAAAAUAUCAAUGGUUUAUACUCUGUAAUGUAUAAAAAUCUAAAUAGUGCAAUGCACUGUAUACAAGGUUUACAAAAUGAUGAUUUAAUAAAAUUAUUACCAAAGAAGUUUGAAGAAAAUUCUAAUAAUAAAGAGAAUAGUGAUGACUUCCAAGAUAUUAUAGAUAAAAAUGAAAAGUGCAAAAGAAUUAUUUCCGGAUUUGCACAAUUGAAAGAAUUGGGAUAUAUUGCUCCUAUGGAUAUCUCUAAUAAUUCAAAUAAAUCAAGCAAGGAUAUAUCUAUCACCGAUGAAAAGAAACUUGAUGAGAAAAAUAUAUGUCAAAAUAAAUCUAAUACCAUUGAACAUUCAGAUGUGGAUGAUGCGUCCUUGAUAAAUAGCGCAACUGAUAAUCCCAACUUAUCCAAAUUCUUUUUUGAAAAUGAAAAAUCUCAAUCCAUUUCUAGGAAGUCAUUUAUUUCUCCGACUCAUCCGGACAAAUUGCCUCAAAAGAGCAACGAGAUACAUAAUUUAAAUAAUCCGAAUGCAACUGCAUAUCAGACUACUGAGCCUUCUAAUCUUAUCUAUUCUGUAAACAGUCAUUUAACAAACUCUAAAAUUAUUCCUGCCCAAAAUGUAAUUGUCGCUAAUGUGCAUGAAGAUUGCAGUAUUCACUAUAUUUUACAUCUCUUUGAGAGAUAUGAACCAAUUGCAGUAUCAUUAAUGAGAACGAUUCCAAAAUUCUUUAUAAGAUAUUGUCAUGUUUAUUUUAAAACACCAGAACAGGCAUUAGCAAUUGAAAAAAAGUAUGAUAAGUUUGUUAUAUCUGGUAAAAGUCUUAUUGUACUGAGAAACCACAAAUUAAUAGAUGAAAUCGGUAAAAUGUGAAAUAUAAAAAUUAAUUAUAUAACGUAUAAGUGUAAUAUUAUUUUUAUUAUUAUAUGUUGUCGCUAAUAAAAUCAUGUAAAAUGUGUAUUAUGAAAAAUACACAAUUACAACACAAUUAUGUAUACAGUAAAUAUAGUACAAGUGUCUAUUUAUAUAAGUGACUUUAUAUAAUUUGUGUAUUACGUACAGUACAAUGAAAAUAAAAAAUAUAACUACAUCGUUGUAGUUAUAAUCAAGUAA